AUGACACAUUCUGAUCACGUGCUGUGGUUUAGUAGUACAUUUACUACUGUCCAUUGUUUGCUCGAGUACGGUAGCUAGCUAGCUGUUGAUUGUCUAGGAACCUACGCGAGAGAAUCUAUAUCAUGGCUGAUCAACAAGAAAAUAAUGUUUUUCCAGAAUCAACUGCUGAACCAACUGUUGAUGAAGUACCUGCUUCUACAGAACCACUCGAGGAGCCCAGUCCAGAAGCAGAACCAACGAAGGACCCAACUCCUGAGCCAGAAGCAGCCAAAGAUCCCACCCCUGAGCCAGAAGUAACCAAAGAUCCCACCCCCCCUGAGCCAGAAGCAGCCAAAGAUCCCACCCCUGAGCCAGAAAUAACCAAAGAUCCCACCCCCCCUGAGCCAGAAGUAACCAAAGAUCCCACCCCCCCUGAGCCAGAAGCAGCAAAUGAUCCCACCCCUGAACCAGAAGCAGCCAAAGACCCCACUCCUGAACCAGAACCCGCUAAAGAACCUACUCUUGAACCUCAACCGCCGAAGAAUCCAGCUAUAGAGACAGAAGAAGUGAUUCAACCCCCAGCAGCCGAGGUCACUUUGGCAACUAUCGAGGUUACAGUUGGUGAAGAAGAGGUAAAGGAGAAGCCCAAGCCAUCAGUGACUAUUCGAACAAAGAUACGCACCACCAACCCUGCUGAUGGUGUGGAUAUUGCUAUGGGUGAAGAGGGAAUUGCAAGCGACGAUCCUCUCACCAUUCCUGAGGUCUUCAAAAUUUCUGUUGAAAGGUACGGGGAAAGAAAUGCCCUAGGAUACAAAGAGGGAGAUGAGUGGAAGUUCAUCAAUUACAAAGAGUACUACCAGUUGGUUGUCUCGGCUGCCAAGUCAUUCAUCAAGCUUGGCCUUGAAGAUUUCCGUGGAGUGGGUAUACUUGGGUUCAACUCAAAGGAGUAUGUCAUAGCCAACUUGGGUGCCAUCUUUGCUGGUGGGCUUGCGUUUGGAAUCUAUGCCACCAGCAAUGCUGAUGCCUGUCAAUAUAUUGCUCAGAAUUGUCAAGCCAAUAUCCUUGUUGUGGAGAACCAGAAACAGUUAGACAAAAUACUUCAGUUUCGAGAUCAGCUGCCGAAUUUGAAGGCAAUUGUCCAAUACACUGGGAAAUUGAGUCAGGAGUACGAGAACACCUAUGAUUGGGAGCAAUUCAUGGAGCUGGGGAAGGACAUUGAGAAUAGUGUCAUUGAGGACAAAAUCGCUGCCAUGAAGCCCAAUCAGUGUGCUACUCUUGUCUACACUUCCGGCACAACUGGCAAUCCGAAGGGAGUUAUGCUAAGUCAUGACAAUGUUUUGUGGGCAGCCAAAUCACUCAAGAUACACACUCUUCCGAAUUCGGAUGAGCAACAUGUCGUGGUCAGCUACCUACCUCUGAGCCACAUUGCUGCUCAGGUUUCGGACAUCUAUUUGGCUGUUUACUUUGGAGGCAAAGUGUGCUUUGCUCAGCCCGAUGCACUGAAGGGCUCACUUGUGGUCACUCUCCGUGAGGCCCAGCCCACCCUCUUCUUUGGGGUGCCCCGUGUAUGGGAGAAAUUUGCAGCUGCUAUUCAGAAUGCAGGCGCUCAGACUACUGGAAUCAAGAAGGCACUUGGCUCAUGGGCAAGAGGGAAAAGUUUGCGUGGCUUUAAGAACAUUCAAAAGAAUGAGUCAGUUCCAUGGGGCUGGACAAUUGCCUCGAAGCUACUGAAGCGGGUUAGAGAGGUCCUGGGUCUCCAGCAUUGCCAGGUGAUGCUCACUGGAGCAGCUCCAAUUCACAUAGACGUGUUGGAGUUUUUUAUGUCUGUUGGCCUGCCUAUUCUGGAGGUUUAUGGAAUGAGUGAGAAUUCUGGGCCACACACUUGUAAUAUAAUUGGAAAGUGGAAGCCUGGCAGUGUUGGAGUGACAUGUCCUGGCUGCAAAACGAAGAUUGACAACCCAGAUGCAGAUGGAGAGGGAGAAAUUUGCAUGUCUGGUCGGCAUGUGUUCAUGGGUUACCUCAACAAUGAGGAGAAGACCAAGAGCACCAUCGAUGAUGAGGGAUGGCUGCACACUGGGGACAUUGGCAAGGUUGACGAGGAAGGUUUCCUCUCUAUUACAGGGAGAAUCAAAGAGCUGAUCAUCACAUCUGGUGGAGAGAACAUGGCCCCAGUUCCAGUGGAAGAUCGUAUUAAGCAGGCAGCUCCAUUCCUUAGCAAUGUCGUUAUGAUUGGAGACAAGAGGAAAUUUGUCUCCUGUCUUGCCACUCUCAAGUGUGUGAUGGAUCCUGACAGUGGGGAGCCUACAGACGAUCUAGAUGUCAGUGCCAUUAAGAUAAUAUCUGGAUUGGGGUCAAAGUGCACCAAAGUUUCAGAGGUGAUUGAACAGAAGGAUGAAGUUGUGUUUGCAGCCAUACAGCAAGCUCUGACCAAGGCCAAUGAGAAAGCUGUCUCCAAUGCCCAGAAGGUUCAAAAGUUCACUCUGCUUGAUCGUGACUUUUCUAUUCCUGGCGGAGAACUUGGCCCCACUCUGAAGCUCAAGAGACAUGUGGUUACCAAGAAAUAUGUUGAGCAGAUUGACCUUAUGUAUGAAUAGAAAGAGACACCACCCAGCACAGCCUGUUAAACAGUAAAAUUAAUGUUGAGUAAUUAUGUCUAUAUAAUUAUAGCAUGCAGAGACUGUAGACAAAAUUAAGGUAGAAGUGUAUAAUAAUUGUAUAUUGUCUUGUAUUCUACGAAGUUCGGAUAAGAAGUAUUAAAUAAUUA